UGCACUUGCCACAAUUUCCAUACCCCCUAUAUAAAAGCCAUAAACCCCAAAUUUCUUCCACUAUCGACAAACCAAACGCCUCCUUCUAAAAAUCCAAUUAUGGCAAGCAAGGAGCCCGAUCACGAGCACAGAGAAGACGAAGAAGCCCCCGCCGCCGACGAUGAAGACACCGGAGCUCAAGUUGCCCCUAUCGUUAAGCUCGAGGAAAUCGCCGUUAGCACGGGCGAGGAAAAUGAAGAUCCGAUACUCGAUAUGAAGUCGAAGCUGUACCGAUUUGAUAAAGACGGGAAUCAAUGGAAAGAGAGAGGCGCUGGUACUGUGAAGCUGUUGAAGCACAAAGAGACUGGAAAAAUUCGCCUUGUUAUGAGGCAAUCUAAGACUCUCAAGAUCUGCGCCAACCAUCUCGUGUUGCCGACGAUGACUGUGCAGGAGCACGCCGGGAACGACAAAUCGUGCCUAUGGCACGCUUCUGACUUUGCGGAUGGUGAAUUGAAAGAUGAACUUUUCUGCAUUCGUUUUGCAUCGGUGGAAAAUUGCAAGACCUUUAUGGAAAUGUUCCAAGAAGUUGUUGAAUCACAAGCACCGAAAGAGGAAGAUAGAGAUGCAUCUGCUGCUGCUGGACUACUCGAGAAUUUGAGCGUUGAGGAAAAGGAAACAGAGGAUAAAGCUGGAGAGGAGAAGCCUGUUGCAGCAAAGGGAGAAAAGGAAACAAAGAACGAUACAGAAAAGACAGAUACUGAGAAGAAAGAUGGGGAGCCAGCUUCCUCAACUUAAAAAGGAGUUGCGUUUGUUUUCCAUGCCAUAUGCUUUUGGCGUAUAUGGUGAGAUUAGUCACCUGACCUCACCUCCCCACCCGUGUCUUAGCCAUACUGAUGAAACUAGAUGGGUCAACUUAUGGGCUGGAAUGGUCGAGGUCCUUUGCGUCCUUAGUUUGAGUGUGUCUGUCGAGGAUUGAUCAAACCUUGGGUCAUGUCAGUCAUAUUUGCAUGUUGAGAGUUGUGUUUCCCGGUUUGAGUAGAGUCAAGGAGGGUUCAUUCAACAGGUUUUUCCCCAAUAUUACUACUGUGUCCAAGUUGUGCUCGGUCAAUGCACUGAAAUAGUACUUGGUAUAGACAUAUUUUUUGGGAUUUAAUUUGAAUUUUUUAUCUCUGUGUCGGAUGCUA